AUGGGGAACCGCGCGUCGCUGCAUCGCGCGUGCGAGUACGGCGACCUGGCGGAAGUGCGUCGGCUGCUGACGACCGCAACAGACGAGUGCGAUCUCGAAGCAACAGACGACUGCGGCCGCACGCCGCUGCUGCUGGCGGUCGCUCGUGGGGUACCGUUGCGCAGCCACGAAGAAGAAACGACGACGACGAGAGAGACGGACGACGACGACGACGACGGCGUCAAUAGUGACGUGGUCCGUACUGACAGGGAACACGCGGAUUGGUCGAUAAGCGAACAAGCGAGCCAAUCAGCCGGCGUGCUUUUCCCGUCUUACGACCAUGGCACUCUUGCGAGGGACCCCCGGGCGCUCCCCGGUCUGGCGCCCGAGGUCGCGAUCCUGCACCUGCUGCUUCGCCACGGAGCGAACGUGGCCCACUCGGACGAGAACGGCCGCACGGCGCUGCACUACGCGUGUCUCGUGCAGAACGCAGUGGCCAUUCGGAUGCUCCUGCGGGCGGGCGCGCGGCCCACGCGAGAGCGCUGUGGUUUGCUGCCGCAGGAUCUGCUGCAGAGGGGGCACAUGUCCGAGUGGGCCGCGCAGGCGCAGGCGCUCAAAGAGGCGCUCGAGCAGGUCACGAAUGCGAGUGGCUAUGCGAUGACGCUCCUGGCGUUCCGACCGAGUGGGAUCGUGCAGCUGGACAUGGGCGGACAGGUCGAGAAGGGGUCGUUUGUCACGUUAGAGUACGACGUGCCGGAGACGCACUCGGUGAAGGACUACGUUCAGGUGCUCGUGUCCGAGGCAGCAUCGAUGGAGAUUCAGAUGGGGUCGUACCAUUACGUGCCAGCGGGUGGCCACGGCCAGCUCACGAUCAGUACCAAGGAGAUUCCAGCAGCCAGCAUCGUUCGCUUUGUGUACGUCAAAUGCGACAUCAACACCAUGUCGCGAGAGGUGGUGGCCAGCGGCUGCAACGCAGUGGUACAGGCUUCGGUCGGCGAGAUCUUCCAGUACGAGCUGUUUUUGUACGAUCGCGUGGUGGAGGUGGAGAGCAUUGCGAAGUUUGAGUUUAUCGAUCAGCCGCUGAUCGUGCUCAAGCGCAUUGGCAUACUCGUUGGCGAGGGCAUUGACUGGGUCGAUGUUCGCCCGGACAAUCACAUUGUUGCAGUGAACGAUGUGCGCAUUGACGCUAUGGAGUUUGCUGACGCGGUGCGCAUCUUGCAAGUAAACAAUGGUAGGCGAUGCACAAAGCUUCUCAUGCAGAAUUACUCGGCGUGCGGUGACUUCAUACCGGAGAAAAUCCUUGGCGUGGGUGUCGUUGAGAAGUACGCGUACUUGCGUCCAGUGGAUGAGGAGCACGCGAGCGAAGGUCAGGAACCGACACACGAAGCGUGGAUGCAUGGCAGACGUGGUAGCUGCCACGAAGAUGGCAGCGAGGAUGUAGCGAGCAGCCGAGACGCGGGACCGAGUCGACUGGGCACAUUUUCGUCGGCCGUGCAGCUGCCACAGGAGACAACCGGGACGUCUGUGCCCUCUUCCGUAUCGUCACUGCUGCUUCAGGAGGAGGCAAGUGUUGCAACAUGCGAAGCGACUGCUGGCGGUCAUGACUAUCGACCCGCGACGGACAAUGAGCAGACCAGUUGCGCUGUCUCAACUAUCGAGACAGUGGUGCCUCUGCAGAACUCGCUGGAGCUUCUGGCUCAGCUCCAACACGGUAUUUCCAUCGGCCAAGCUGCAAGGUGA